AUGAUCAGAUGUCUUUGUGCGCUGCAAGCAUCCACACUACCACAACGACCAUCGUACAAUAUCUGUAUGACCCAGCAUGGAGAUGUAAUCAAUAGACGUCCUGCUUCCAACUUGGAGAGAUUGAGCAGCUUUGUCAAGGAAGCACAAAGUUCUUGCUUUCCUGAUCUGACAACUUUCCACCACAACCCUUCUGCCUCAGUCACACUCUCUAAUGGGUUUUUCAUCACCAAAAGUGCAAGAAACGAAGUUGCUAGUGGCGCCAUCAACGCGGAUGUGGAACUCUCCGAUAUUCCCUCUGAGUUCGAUGAUUUACGAUUCUACAAGGAGAGACAAGACGGUCCAGGUGGAAGUCUUGAAGCGUCGAUUACGACAUUAGAUGCCAGAGGGUCAAGGUCAGUAUGGGAAUUUGUAAUUUCAAGGCCACGUAGGAAACCAUCCAACUCAACUCCCUUGGGCGAAAACAUGAACACAGGAUAA